AUGAGCUUCUUGCAGACCGAUCCAGCGUCUUGUGCUGGAAACAGUGCCAUUAAUAAGUUUAAUUCCAGAGCCAACAUGGAUAGUUCCAUUAACCAUCAAUUACAGUCUAAUGGUCGUCAGCAGUUGCAAAGGCCAGAUUUCAACAAGCUGCAUAGAAUCGAUGCAGGUUUACAAAAUGAAUUUCGAGACUUUGGAACGCAGGGCAGCUUUCAGGAAUACCGUCAGCCUUCACAGAUGCAACAGGGGUCACUUCAGCAACUGCCUCAGCGUGGUUGGGUCAACGAUUUCCAAAAGAUGACUAUUAGCGAAAGUCAGGAUCAGCGAAUGAAUCAAAUGGAUCAGCAAAGGGAUCAACAUGAUCAACAUAAUCAAAUGGAUCAACAUAACCGGCAAAUAUAUCAACAUAACCAGCAAAUGAAUCAAGCGAAUCAACGAAGUCAGCAAGCAAAUGUGCAACAAUGGUCGAUGGAGUUCAAUAGUCUCGAGCAACGACAAGUCAGAGCUCAAAAUAGUGACUCUUUCCAAACUGCAGCAACCAAAAUAAAAGCCGAGGUAUCUCCUGUUGGAUUUACUAGAUCAUAUGGCUACUCAAAUGCUCCAUACACGCUGCAGAGUGGUUUGCAGGACUCUUCAACUGAUAGUGAGGCCAAAAUUGACUUUGAUUCCGCAUUUAACAACAUUGAGAAACAGCUAUCGGAGCAUGGCAACAAUAUCAGAGUAAAUAACAGUGAGAUGAAUGUGAAGGAAAAGACCAUGGGGCCAAUAGGUGAGGUGGACAAAAUCAAGUUUGCGCAAUUGGCACAAUCUGUAUUUAAUACCAUGAACAGUGCUUCCCCCAAGAACGCAUCGAAUGAAAUGAAUGAGAAGUUCAAGCAGUCGAAAUUCAUGAACUUGAUGGAUCGGAUUUCGAAAAGAGAGGUGGAAAUUAACGAUAAAAAGGACAAAUUUGUCGACUCUCAAGGCCACGACAUACGAGACGACCUUCCAGAUCCUUUGAAAGACCUUAGGGAUACUGAUCUAAGAGACCUGGGCCCAUAUGAUUCUGCCAAAGCUGUUCACGAAAAACUGGGCAAGGAUCUUUCUUCAACUGCAUGGGAAACGACAUUUUGA